AUGUAAAACUCCUUAAAUUCAAGUUUAGAUUCCAUAGACUUAGAAUUAUAUCAUAAACCUAAUAUAAAGAUCAGAUAAAUAAUAGAUUAUUUGAGAAAAUAAAAUUUGCAAUUUUGCACUGAUCCAAAAAAAAAAUAAGAUGAUUAUUAUGCAAAGUUAUCUGUAUCUAUUGAUGAAUUUUCCUUAAGAAGAAAUAAAUUUGCAAAUAGAAAAUCUGAUAUAAUAAUAGAUUGCCCUGCUCUUUGA